AUGGGACAAGGUAAAGAAGUUAAGACGAGACCAGAUCCUCAAGUUGAGAUUCAGGAAAGAGGAGAAAUAUUCUUCUUCUAUAGACCAAAGGUUAACAAAGAAGAAGCUCACAGUGUCGACGAUGUUCAAAGGCUAUACAUAGUGAUGCGUCCAGAGUCCGGUGAGAAUCCCGUCGAGGAGAAACAAGACCCUCUCUCUGGUAAAGAAGGUUCCGGUAAAGAUUCCGGUGACGGAGAUGAGGCUAGUGGCUCCUCCUCUGGCACGAAUAACAGAAGUGAAGGAGGACACGGCGUCGAGAAAGUGAACAUUGAGAAACAGAUUCUGCUACGAUUCAUUGUGAUGGGUAAGAAAACUCUUCCUGAUCCGAGCAAGAAGUCUCAACCUUUUUGGGGAUUUGUGGAGAUGGUGACUAAGAAUGUUGAAGAUGUUAAAAAUGCUCUCAAAGGAGAGGAUUACGAGACCAAGACUCGAGGACAUAGACAUAAGCCGCCGGCAAGAGCUGUCGGAGAAGGAAUAUACCGAAUUCUCCGACAUAAACCUACUCCGACAAGAAAACACCAUACACAUCUUGUCUAUAAGCUCGAAUUCCCAUCGGGAGAACAUGAGCCACAAGAGUCGUUGAACAUUGAACCGGAAGGCUCCUUCUUGAUCCAAAUACGAAACCCGGAGCAAGGAGGAGGAGGAAGGUCAGGGUUUGGUGGGCUCAAGAGAAAAAGAAAGGCCCAGUUUCCAGCCCAUCUUCAGGCCCAUUUAGGUCAUACCCGGUUCGGGGCAGCCGACCCGCCUGAUUUCCUGAAUUAUGAAGGGUGUGAGUUUUUACUGAUCUCUGCUUCUGAUGAUAUAGAGCAAGAGUUAGGGAUGGAGUUGGAGCCUGACAGUGUUGGCGAGUGCGAUCUUUUGAAGAUCUUCGGGGACGAUGUUGUAGCUACUCCGCUACUUCGCGGUACAUGGGACUAA